UCAAAACAUUGCUAAUAAAUUGACGUUUUUCGUUUUUACUAAUUAAUUGUUUUACCUAAAUAAAAUCUAAGGUUUACGGAGACAGUGUUUAAGUAAUGGCUGACGACGAAGAUGAAGGCUUUGGAGGCAUGUACGAAGAUGGCCAUUGGGUCUGGGAUGAAGAAGCGGAGAAAUUAACUUUUGUGAGUGAUCUCCCACCUAAACCAGUAGAAGCCAUCCAUAUACCCAUAAAGGCACCCACAGGGACUGUUGAAUUCAGAGACGAUGUUGAUUUAAUUGAACAGAUUCGAUUCCGGAGACGUUACCAAAGAAAAUUAAAACCAGGACAGCCCGAUAUAAUAACUCUCCAAGAUGUUAAAGAUAUCGCGUUGUACACGGCUCCAGUGAAUAUUUUAAGCCCAAUGUUAAUAAACAUGUUGCACUUGCCGACGACGGAAAGGUUCAUUAGAGCUCUCAUCUUAUUCUGCCAGUAUUACUUACAGAUUUCAGAGGAAAUGGCGCUUCGUAUACUUGAGUUGGAGACCAAGAUACGCACAAAACAAUGCGAAAUACUCGAGGGGGAAUUUCGUGAGAAUUUGUCCGAUUUAAGGCUAUUAGUUGCUAAAGAAUACAGCACGAUGUUGAUUGGUGGAGGUGAUAUGAGAAAGUUCCACCACAUGGGACCUGAGAAGAAACGGCGAUCCUUAUCUGACAAAGACGCACGGCUGUUUGAGACGCUGUUGCGUAUGUGUGUACAGAUUGUAUGGCUGGCACUCGGACGAGUCUCCUUCAAUCAGAUAGAAUUGGAGGUGAAUAGAGUAUUCAAGUCUGAAAUUUUCAACGCUGUUGAGCACAACUUACAUACAAACUAUAUAGUGAAGAUGACAAAGGAAGAACACAGCGUUCUACUCGGACACUGCGUGCGAAAGGACAAGAAACUCAACACCAGAUCGCCGCUGAUGAACGAAGUGUUUUGUCACAGGGAGAUCGACUAUCGUAUGAUGGGUAUAGGCGUCAUCAAGUGUUCACAAAUGUCACCAAGACUGCACUACAUGAAAGGAGCUGUGGCAAGUUCAGAAGAGACAUUGUCUCAGCUUGGAAUAGUUAUUGGCAUCGUUGGCCUGCCGCGGUCUACCUUCGACACCAUGCUGAGGCCUCUACCCACCUCAACCGAAUCGGCCAAAUCAAAGGGCUCCGUUCAUUCGGCGCAAAGCUACUCAUCGAAAAGUAGUUCAAGUAAUAAAAAGAGUCAGCUGGUCGCCCAGAGGAUUUAUCCGGAAGUUGUGUUGCCUCGUAAAGAAUCUCGGAUUUUGGAAUUCCCACCGUCCUUCCCAGAUGACCCCGAAGAUGUACGAUCCUGUAGUGAGACGCAACGCCGUCGUUGGCAGAACAGACUCCUGAAGCUACUUCAUCCACAUGGACGCUGAUGCUAUUAGUUAGAAAAUGGCCUGUUACAUAUCUAUGUUAGGUACCACUAGUGCGCGAUAAGAUGACACCUGAAAGUCUUAGGGUCAGAUUUAUAGAGCGAACUUAAACUUUGUCAGAUUACUCAAACUUAUAAUCAAAUAAUGUAAAAGUUUCUUCAAUAAUAAUGGUAAAUGUACUGUGUAUAAGGGAACGCGCGCUUGACCUUUCCAUUGGUACUGUCUUAGCUUCAGCUCAGCAUAAUCUCGGCUGUCAAAUGACUAUAAAUGCCAAAUCAAAGAUUGCGCUAAACUAUAAACUCAACUAAGAUUUACGUAAGUAAAGUCUGAGUACGCUAUAUAGAUCUCAGCCUCAGACGCGUGCUUGCAAAAAUAUUAAAAAGUAGAGAAGCACUUUACGCGAGUCUUAACUUAUCGCGAAUGAAAUAGUACCAACAUUUAAGUAUUUUAUUGUUGUGUGCGAUGCAACUACUAAAUAUGUUGCGUUUACUGUUGACUGUUGUUGCUCCUUGACUGAUACAGAUGCUAUUGAAAUAUGCGAUGUAUAUCUGUCUAACACUAACUGUCUGCCUGUUUGUGAUUUUGCUUUUUCGUACCAUAUAAUAUAAAACUUGUAGCAUUUUAGCUACGAUCACAAGGUAUAUUUUUUGUUUAUUUUUCAGUCGUUAACAAUUUCUCAUGAAAUAAGAUUAUUUAUUGAUAUAUUUAAAUAUUGAUAACCUAUAGUAGUAGUGACAAUUUUGCCAAUACUUUCAUCAAAUAAUUGACAUGGGAAGAUUAAUAUUGUUACGAAGUAAAACAUUCACUCGGUAGAAUUAUUUUGUAGUAUUUUUUAAACAACAUACGCUUCUGUACCUAUAUCUAGUGCAUGCGAAUCAAAUGGUAAAUUUAUUCUACUGUUCUACAAUAAUUUAUUGUUAUUUUAACUGAUAUACAUGAAUAACUAUUUCUUAUUAUAUAUAUUUAUUAAUAUA